AUGGCUGAAGUUCCAGAACUCGUUCAUCAUCAUCUUCACUACUUUUUCAUUGCCUCUUGCGAAGAUUAUUUAGAAACAACUCUCCAAAGACAUGAACCUCUUUCUGAAUGGACGACCAUUCAAUUAAAUAACAAACAAGAGGAUGAACAUUCCGAAGAAGAAGUAGGGAUGAUGAGAGUAGAACGACAAUUUAUUGUGUUUGAUUGGUUGGAAAGUUUCAAGGAAACGAAGAAGGCUUCUUCUUCUUCUUCGGAACAUGUCUCCGUUGAUGGAUUGUACGAGUACUUGAUGAAAAGAAUUCUUGCAAGUACAACUCUUGAUGAUAAGUCGAAGGAAAAUGAAGACUCUUUGGAGAAUAGAAAGAUUGAUAUUAAUAUUGUUAUUCGUACGACAUGGAAUUAUGUGGAUUACUAUGAUGAGUUUAUUGAAUGGUUACAUAUUUUGGAACAGUUGCAGGCCAAGUAUCAAGAUGUUAAUCAUCAUGUGAUGAUUCGAGUAUUUAAUGAUCCCUCUCUCAUGAUUUGGAAUUCGAGUAAGAGAUAUUUGUUUGAAAUUCAAGAAGAGUGGAAUGGGUACAAUAUUGUUCCGUCACAAAUUGUGGAUUUUGAUAGUGUGAAAAAUUUGAAUGAUGAUGAAGUGGUGAACAAGUAUUGCUUAAUGUUUAAUAAUUGUGAGAAAUUGGUUUUCAAGCCAUUAAUAUCGGCUGGGUCUUUCAAUACUUUUGUUAUUGGAAAAUCAAGAGAGACGAACGACAAAGCAUCAGUCGACUAUUUAACAAAUAGAGAGGAAAAUUUGAAAAUUAUUCGAAAGGAUCUUUCUGAAUCAUGUCAGUCUAAACACAGGGAUAGAAAGUUAUAUAUUGUUCAACCAUUUUUGGAUUGCAUAGUCAAUGACGGUGAAUAUAGUUUUAUUUAUGUGAAUGAAAAACUGUCACACACGCUCCAAAAGAGACCUAAAGAUGGAGACUUUAGGGUGCAAGGAGAAUUUGGAGGAUCCAAUACAUAUGCAGACUUGAGCCGAUUUAAUGAAACAAUCCUAGCAAAUGGACAGCACUUAUUUGAAAAGAUUAAAAAAGAGAAAUCUCCAAAUUCUUUCAUAUUGUACUGCAGAUUGGAUGUUGUCAUUGAUUGGAACUCAAAUAACAUCAGCAUUUGUGAAUUAGAGUUAUUGGAGCCUCACUUGUACUUUGAGACCAUCAAUCCAAAUGAUCCUUCAGUUGCCAUCCAAAAGGAGAAUGAACUCUAUGACUCAGUUGUGAAACAUAAUAUUGCUUAA